ACUGCGAGUGUCUGCUGAGAGGUUUGGGGCUUUCUUCACACUCACAGUUCUGUCUGAGCAAGCUGAAUUUAAGUUAACUUUUGCCUCCUACAUUUCAGCCCAAAUUGAAAAAGUUAAAAAAUGGAAACGACUGAAAAUGAAAUGAAAAAUAAAGCUGAAGAAAAACCUCAGACUCCCAGAUUAAAUGGUAUUGAGGAUUCCAAUGCAAUGGUUUCACUGUCCUCCCAGGUUUUUGCCCAAGGUCAGUCAGCUUCUUCUGCAGAGAAUCAAGAAAACAACCCACCGGUCCAAACUGCCUUCGUAACUGACAAAGAAAAUGCUAUUAGGCCAAGACUCCAGAUAACUUUUAACACGUUCACUAUCAAGAAUGGUGCAGAACUGAAAGUAGAAAUCCCUGUGACUGGACACCCUGAGCCAAAAAUUGAAUGGCAAAAAGAUGGCCAUGCAGUUAAGGAGACAUCAAGGCUAGAGGUUUUGACUAAAGCAUCACUGACUGUCCUACAUAUCAGACAUGCUGCCAGGGAGCACUCUGGACAGUAUUUUGUUACGGCCAGAAACAAUGCUGGAAAAGACAUGGGAGAAGUUGCUGUGGUUGUUCUUGAGAGGCCAGAUCCACCUGCAGGGCCUGUGAGGGUCGAUGAGAUCAGUUCUGACUAUGCUGUUAUCUCUUGGGAGCCACCUGAAUAUACCGGGGGUUGUCAGCUAGAUAAUUACAUAGUGGAGAAACGGGAAACUACAAGUACAGAGUGGCAGACUGUGUCAGCAACAACAGUAAGAACCACAAUCAAAGUUACAAAACUGAAAACAGGAAAUGAAUACCAGUUCAGAGUGUUUGCUGAAAAUAGGCACGGAAAAAGCACUGCAGUCACCUCUCCAGUUGUAAUGGCACAGUAUCCAUUUAGUGUCCCUGCUGCUCCUGGCACUCCCUAUGUUUCCAUUGUGACUAAGUACAACAUGGUGGUUGAGUGGGAGUCUCCAUCCAGUGAUGGAGGCAACCCCAUCACUGGCUAUCACAUAGAACGUAAAGAGAAGAACAGCAUUUUAUGGACCAAGCUCAACAAAUUUGUUAUACCCGACAACCGUUUCAAAGCAAGUGGGUUGGAGGAAGGCAUUGAGUAUGAAUUCAGAGUCCUUGCUGAAAAUAUUGCUGGACUGAGUCCAUGUAGUAAUACAUCUGAAUGCUAUGUAGCAAGAGACCCCUGUGAUGCGCCUGGAAAACCUGAAGCUGUUGUUGUGACCAGAGACAGCAUCACCCUUCAGUGGGAAAAACCCAAGUACGAUGGUGGAAGCACUAUUACAGGAUAUUUGGUUGAAAAGAAGGAGCUGCCAGAUGGCAGAUGGAUGAAGGCAAACUUCACUAAUGUUAUUGAGAAUCUCUUCACAGUCACAGAUCUGACAGGAGGUCAAAGUUAUGAGUUCAGGGUAACUGCUAAGAACAGUGCUGGUGUUUGGAGUAUGCCCUCAGAAAGCAUCACCAUUCUUGCUCAAGAUGUUAUUGAAGCACCCACUGCAUCUUUUGACCCCCAGUUUAAGAGUACUACUGUUGUUCAAGCUGGGGAGGCAUUUGUUAUUGAUGCAGACUACUUUGGAAAGCCUCUUCCUGAAGUUAGAUGGUUGAAAGGUGGAAAUGAAAUUGACAAAGGUACACCAAGAAUGGAUAUAAAAAACACCAUCACUCAUACAACUCUCACAGUCAGGGAAUGCACACGUGUGGAUGGAGGACGAUAUGUCUUGAGCCUCAGUAACAUUGGUGGAAUGACAUCCAUUCCAGUUAACGUUAAAGUCUUAGAUAGACCUGGUCCGCCUGAAGCACCACUGAAGGUGAAAGCUGUGAGUGCAGAGAAGUGCAAUCUUCACUGGAACCCCCCUCUAAAUGACGGAGGUGCUACUGUCACCCACUACAUCAUUGAAAAAAGAGAGACUAGUCGAGUCACAUGGACAGGGGUAGAACCGCAUGUUGAAGCUGUAAGUUACAAAGUGGCAAAACUGGUACCUGGCAAAGAGUACAUAUUCAGAAUUGCUGGCGUGAACAAAUUUGGUGCUGGUGAAUUCCUUGAAUCUGAACCUUUUAUUGCACAAAAUCCUUUUACGGCACCUAGUGCACCCUCUACCCCUAUAAGCAGUGCUGUGACUGGUGACUCUGUAUUACUAACAUGGGAAAGGCCUGAGAGUGAUGGAGGCUCAGAGAUUGAUGGCUACAUUCUGGAGAAAUGUGACAAAGAGGGUGUGCGGUGGACCAAAUGCAACAAGAGAAGGCUAAAUGAUUUGCGUUUUCGAUGUACAGGACUUACUGAAGGCCAUUACUAUCAGUUUAGAGUUCUUGCUGAAAAUGCUGCUGGUGUGGGUGCACCAAGUGAACCAAGCGAGUAUAUUAAAGUAUGUGAUGCUAUUUACCCUCCUGGUCCACCUAACAACCCAAAAGUGACAGAUUAUUCCAGAAGCACUGUGUCUCUGUUUUGGUCAAAACCCAUAUAUGAUGGUGGAGCAACCAUCAGUGGGUUUGUUGUUGAAAUGAAAGAAGUAGCAGAGGAUGAAUGGAUUACAUGCACACCAAGCACAGGUAUACAGGACACAAGCUACAUGGUGAAAAGACUCAGAGAAAAUUCAGAAUACAAUUUUCGCAUACGUGCUAUGAAUUCUGCUGGUAUUGGAGAGCAUGUGGAUCUUCCUGGGUCUGUGGUUGCAGCUGAGAAAUUAGAAGCACCAGAGAUAGAAAUGGACAGUGCUUUGAGAAAAACGGUCAAUGUCAGAGCCUGUUCCACCUUACGUCUUUAUGUUACCAUCAGAGGUAGACCAGAGCCUGAAAUUAAGUGGUCAAAGGCAGGUGGCCCUCUGAGUGAGCGUACUCAAAUUGAGAUAACAAACUCCUACACUGUUCUACUGUUAGAGAAUGUCAACAGAAAUGACAGUGGAAAGUAUGCAUUGACUGCUGAGAACUGCAGUGGCACUAAAUCAGCAUUCAUCAAUGUCAGAGUUUUGGACUCUCCCAGUGCACCAAUAAAUUUAGAAGUAAAAGAUAUAAAGAGAGACUCUGUGUCCAUCUCGUGGGAGCCUCCCCUUAUUGAUGGAGGAGCAAAGAUUUCUCACUACAUUGUAGAGAAACGUGAGGAGGCAAGAAAGGCUUUCACAAGUGUCUGCGGCAACUGUGUAAGGAAUUUCUGUAAAAUUGACAAUCUACAGGAAGGAUCCUUCUAUUUCUUCCGUGUCCUGGCAGUAAACGAUUUUGGAACUGGACUGCCAGCAGAAACUCCCGAGGCAGUUAAAGUGUCUGAGGCUCCACUGCCUCCUGGAAAAAUCACUCUCAGCAACGUCACUUGUAAUAGUGCAAGACUGUCUUGGGAAAAGCCUGAUCAUGAUGGAGGGAGUAAAAUCACAUGUUACAUUGUAGAAAUGCAAGCAGAGGGGGAAGAUACAUGGAUAAAAUAUUCUGAGAGUAAAGCACAAGAAGUAGCUGUAAAUGGGCUGACAGAAGGAAAAGAGUAUUUCUUUAGAGUGAGUGCUGUUAAUGAAAAGGGAAGGAGUGAACCGAAAUCUCUUUUGACACCUGUUAUGGUAAAAGAUACUAGUGCUGAACCCGUUAUUAAUCUGCUGACUAACACAUUUAGUGUAAAGGCAGGAAAUGAUCUUAAGAUUGAUGUUCCAUUCAUGGGUGUGCCACCACCAAUAGUAGUAUGGAAAAAAGAGGGAAAUACACUGAAAGAGACAAGUAGGGUAAAUGUACACACAUCUGACUCAACAUCUCAGAUUGUUAUCAAAGAUUCAACCAGGAUUGAUGCUGGUGUGUAUGAAGUGAUCUUGACUAAUUCAGUUGGAAUCACAUCAGUUGAAAUCUUUGUGAAUGUUUUUGAAAGACCUGGACCACCAAGUGACCUCAGUGUGGAUGAUGUGAGUGCUGACUUUGUGUCUCUGUCAUGGCAGCCCCCAAUUUACACUGGUGGGUGUGAGAUAACCAACUACAUUGUUGAGAAAAGAGACACAAGCAGCUCAAUAUGGCAGAAUGUGUCAGCAACAGUGGCAAGAUCAUCAAUCAAAAUUUCCCGACUAACACAAAGCACUGAAUAUCAAUUUCGUGUUGCUGCAGAAAAUCGUUAUGGAAAAAGCCAGUUCAUUGAAACAGAAACUAUUGUUGCCCAGUAUCCUUUCAAACCACCUGGUCCACCAACCAGCCUCCAUGUUCUGCAGGCCUCAAAAUCUGUAAUGAUCAUUGCUUGGAGCAAACCAGACAAUGACGGUGGCAGCCCUAUUACUGGUUAUCACGUUGAAAGCAAAGAUCAAAGCAGUAUUUUAUGGACAAAACUAAACCGAAGCCCAGUGACAGAGACCCAAUUCAAAGUGACAAGUGUUGAAGAAGGUCUUGUUUAUGAGUUCAGGGUUUGUGCUGAAAAUAUGGCUGGUGUUGGACCUUGCAGUCAGACGUCUGAACCUGUAGCAGCAAGAGACCCGUGCGAGCCUCCCUACAAUCUCACAGUCACCAAUGUAACAAAUACUUCAGUUUCACUCUCAUGGGACAAACCAAAAUACGAUGGAGGGGCUAAAAUAACUGGCUACAUUGUUGAACGUAAAGAACUGCCAGAUAGUUGCUGGCUUAAGUGCAACUUCACAAAUUUACUGGACACAUGUCUGGAAGUGACCGAGCUCGCGGAGGGUGAACAAUAUGAUUUUCGUGUCAUUGCAAAGAAUGCAGCUGAUCUCGUCAGUGCACCAUCUGAAACCACUGGACCUAUUACAGUGCAGCAUGAUGUGGAGCCACCCAAAAUUAUCUUGGAUGACCAAUUUCGACAGGUGGUGGUAGUGAAAGCUGGAGAGCUCCUAAGAAUAGAUGCUGACAUCUCUGGCCGCCCUAAUCCAACAGUGUUUUGGUUGAAAAAUGGAAGAAAUAUUGGUACCAAAGGAAGAAUUGAGAUAACAGUGACAAAGACCCAUGCGUCUCUCCUUAUCAGAGAGUGUGUCAGGAAAGAUUCUGGGCAAUAUACUCUGACCUUGCAUAACACCGCUGGUACCACAUCUAAAGUUGUCACCUGCAAAGUGCUGGAUAGGCCAGGCCCCCCUGCUGGCCCUCUGGAAGUGUCUGGACUGUCAGCAGAAAAAUGCACCUUGUCUUGGGGACCCCCUCAUGAGACUGGUGGUGCAGAGAUUUUGCAUUACAUUGUUGAAAAGUGUGAAACUAGUCGUGUUUCCUGGAUUCUUUUGUAUGGUGACAUGAUAGCAACAUCUUGUAAGGUAACCAAGCUCCUCAAAGGAAAUGAGUACCUGUUUAGGGUGAGGGCGGUCAACCAAUAUGGGGAGGGUGAGAUUUUGGAGAGUGUGCCAAUAAAAGCCAUGGAUCCCUUCACUAUCUCAUCCGCUCCAACAGAUGUUGAGGUCACAAGUGCAACCAGGGACACCAUGACUGUCUGCUGGAAGAGGCCUCUCUCUGAUGGUGGUAGUUGUAUUAGUGGUUACAUUAUAGAGAAAAGGGAAAAGCAUGGCGUCCGCUGGAAGAUCCAAAAUUUCUCCCCUCUCCUCCAGCAAAGCCCAUCAUAG